AUGCUGCCGACUCCGGCCCAUGUGCGUGCCGUCUACACCGGGUCCGACCUGGCGGCCGCCGGAGCCGCGGUGGCUGCCGGCGCGCCGGUCUCCUCGAGCGAGGUGGUGCCCGGUGCCGGUCUCCUGGACAUCGCCCAGGCCGGGACCAUCCUGAUGGAUUGCUCGACCAUCGACCCGGCCAGCGCUGGGACCCUGUCGGCGGCGGCACGCGAGCGCGGCCUGCGCGCCCUCGAUGCCCCGGUGUCCGGCGGUGUGACCGGCGCCGCGGCCGGCACCCUGACCUUCAUGCUGGGCGGGUCGCCCGAUGACGCGGCCGCCGUGGACCCGCUGCUGGCGUCCAUGGGCAAGGCGCGCCUGCAUUGCGGCGAUCUCCCCGGUAGCGGCCAGGCGGCCAAGCUCUGCAACAACAUGCUUCUGGCCGUGACCAUGGUCGGCGCGGCCGAGGCCAUGAAGCUCGGUGCCCACUUGGGCCUGGACUCGGCCCGGCUGGCCGGCGUGCUCAAUGUCUCCACCGGCCGCAGCUGGUCCACCGACACCUACAACCCGGCCCCCGGGGCCCUGGCCAAUGAGAACCUCCCGGCCAACCGUGACUAUGCCGGCGGCUUCGCCAAUGUCCUCAUGAACAAGGAUCUCGGCCUGGCCCUGAGCGCGGCCCGGCGCGAGGAUGUGGCCACUCCGAUUUCCGACCUGGCCGGGCGGAUUUAUGCCACGCUGGCCGAGGACCCGGCCUACCGCGGGCUGGACUUCGGCUCCGUGUACAAGUGGCUGGGAUCCCAGAAGCGUGCCGACUGCUCGGCAGCCGAGGCCCAGGAGAAGAAGGUCUCCUGCUGA